AAUCACUGGGAGUGUUCUCUGGUUUGCUGAUGAUGGAGCUGGGCCGCUCACCGGUUCUGGAGCUGGAGCUGGAGGAUCAGCAGCAGGGAAUUCUCCCCCUGUGUGAGGAAGUUUGAUUAUCUCAACUUCUUUCCUGCUUUUUUCAAACUUGGUGCUGUCCUGUCCCUGGAUCUGACCAUUCACCUAACUUUCUCACUGUAGAAGUUCACAAAUGGAACUGCUGCAGAUCAGAUGCCUCAUCCUGACCAUCUUUGCUGCCAGUAUUGGUGGUACCUUCCAAUAUGGAUAUAACCUGUCAAUCAUCAAUGCACCGACAAUUUUCAUCCAAAAUUUUAUCAAUGAGACUUGGAUUGAGCGCCACAGCACACAGCUGGAGAAUCAGGUCAUCACACUGCUCUGGACCUUUAUCGUGGCUAGCUAUUCUGUUGGAGGAUUGGUCGGGGCACUUAUCGCUGGACCUAUGGCUAUAAAGUUUGGAAGGAGAAAUUUGCUGCUGCUAAGCAAUGCUUUCAUACUGGUUGGUGCUUUGUUAAUGGGGUUAAGCAAAACACUCAAAUCCUUUGAGAUGAUUUUAAUUGGGAGACUCUUCACUGGAAUAAAUGCAGGUGUGGGAAUGAACAUUAACCCCAUGUAUCUUGGUGAGAGUGCACCAAAGGAAAUCCGGGGCAUGGUGGCCUUGUCAUUUGCUCCAUUCACUGCAGCUGGGAUAGUACUGGGACAAACCAUCGGACUUGAAGAGAUUUUGGGCACUGAAGAAUUGUGGCCGCUACUGCUGGCAUCUUGUGCAGUGCCAUCUCUGAUUCAACUCCUCACUCUGCCAUGGUGCCCAGAGAGCCCCAGGUAUCUGCUGAUUGACAGGGAGAACAAGAACAAGUGCAUGAAAGCCUUGAAGAGAUUACGUGGCGAUGUUGACUUAACGACAGAAAUGGAUGAACUUCUGGAGGAGCAAACUGCACUCAAAGGUCAAAGUGCAAAAGGACUGUGGGAUUUGUUCCAAGACCGCUCUGUUCGUUGGCAGUUAAUCAUCACCUUGGUGCUGGGUAGUGCCAUACAGUUAAGUGGGAACGAUGCUAUGUAUUUCUACGCUGUGUAUGUGUUUAGUGCUGCAGGAAUUCCCAAUGAAAAGAUCCAGUAUGUCACAAUUGGAACUGGGUGCUGUGAAUUCAUCACUGCAGUAACAAGUAACCUGUUUAUUGAUCGGAUUGGUCGCAGAAUGCUGCUGAUGGGAGGUUACAGUUUGAUGGUUGGCUGUGGGAUAUUGUUCACCAUCUCACUAACUCUCCAGGACAAGGUCAGCUGGAUGCCAUACCUGAGCAUGAUUUGCAUCUUUGCUUCCAUCUUAAGUUUUGGAAUUGGACCAGCUGGAGUGACCGGAGUCAUACCAAUGGAGAUCUUUGACCAAACUGCAAGGCCCGCAGCCUACAUGAUCAAUGGCUCCCUGCUCUGGAUAAACCUUAUAGUUAUUGGGAUGACUUUCCCAUUUAUCGUUAAAGAUCCACGUUCUAUCAAUCUCACAACCCACACCCAAGAAAGAUACAAUUCAGAAUUAAAGGAGGGACUGGGCAGUUUCUGCUACGUGCCGUUCAUUUGCAUGAGCUUCCUCACUGCCUUGUUCAUCGGAAUCUUCCUGCCAGAAACUAAAGGAAAGACCUUUCUGGAAAUUUCUGAGGAGUUCUACAGGCGUAACUUCAAGGAGCCUGUGAAGGGAAGUUGUGACUUCUGAAAAUAUUGUAAUUGUAUACAAUGCAUGUGUUUGCACGAUUUCACUUGUGAUAUCUAGCUAUCCUAUUUACUGUCCAUUUCACUGGGUUCAGAAUUUAGGGAAGGUGUGGGUUUAUAAUUGCAUCUUCAUGCUAAUACUCAACCUUUCUUUCCUAUCCUUUCCCUUAGACCCUUGGGCGAGAAGUUUAACGUCCUCAUGCCCAAAACAAAAAUGAAAUCAGCCUGUUGGGUUGAACGGAGUGAUUAAAUAUGUCAAAAUCAGAUUACUGACCCAUUCUGCCCAUUUCUAGCUUUAACUGAGGCAUGAUGUGAGUAAGAGAUUAAUUUGUUUCUCAAAGAGGGAUUAAUAUUAUAAAUAUAACAAUUCAGCCAUGAGCUGUAUUCUCUCAGCUUCUUGAAUGUGACUGUUCUCAACCAAACAAGGUGUGUGCCUUUUUACCUACUUCCUGGAUGCCAGCUCUGAGAAACCCUUGUGAUCAGCCCCAGAUCAACACUAGCCUGACCUGGAUCUACGAAGUCAUGAAACCUUCCCUUAUCGCUUUCAUAUCAGACUGGGAGCCAAAACAGGCAAUCAGUUGACUUUUGGACAAGAAAUUAACCAACCUUUGCACUCAGUAACACUCCACAGCUCAUAGGGAGAUCUGCCAUCAGGAUUACCCAUGGCAUUCUGAGUGAAUGCAUCCUGUAAGUCAGGUUAGGAAAUAGCCAUGCUUUGUUUAUGUUCUGUGUUCUGGCCUCCUUAUCUCCAGUCAAUCCCAACCUAUUCGAAAUGUAACUACCCGCAUUCAAUACCUGUUACUAUUCAUACAUUGACUUUUCGUUCCACAAGGUAAUGCUUUU